UUUUCUUGAAUUUCGUCCCCCGGAAAAACCAUACUUGAAUCACAUAUACUCUGAGGAGCAGCCGCAAGACUGCUGCAGUGGCACCUAUAGUGGAAGAGACAAGCAGGAAUUAUGACACCGAAUACCAUUAAACGGACACUGGGACUCCUAGCACUGCUGCUUGGAUUCGCAGACAGCUUUUCAGAGUGGUGUGAUGCCGACAACGAUCGCCGUCUGGAGCAAGCCAUUGAGACGGCGUUAGUUGGCAUCCCACCAGAGGUGAGCUCCAAAGAGCAGAACGUGAACUCUGGACCAUUUUAUCCCAUACUCUUCAAUGAAUACAAAGUGAGUGGGUUGAACCUACUCCGACGACAGGGACCUCUUCAGACGUACUGCGGCAAUGGAAGUCAGGUCGUCAACUUUGAAUUGGCCACUUUGGAAGACCCCAUUUUGUGCUUCUUCAACUGGAGGAGCGGUGGCAACGGUUCCAUCGACCUGGCUGCUUACGGCGUGAGAGUGAAGACGCAACUUAAGUUCGUCCAGGGAAUUCCCACUGAGGACAGCCCUGCUCCCAGGAAAAUUCUCGACGAGCAUGAAGGACCAGUGACCACUUCGUUGCGCGUGGCCCGUGUUACGUUGCAUAUUGGUGAUUCAAGCCGAAAUAGAACCACAACCGCCGGAUUUUUGAGGCAUCUGGCACUAGCGUCCAUCCAAGCUACCUGGGAAGACGUGUUCGUACCCAAGCUUGUACACGCUCUCAAGUAACAAUGAUAAAUAUACGACGCCUUUAUGUCGGAAUAAAGCUGUAAAAAGG